AUGAACAUAAUAAUGUCGUCACCCGCCCGUAAUGUUAUCGACCCAUUGAUCUGCUCCUACUCAGACCAAAAUGAUGCCUCCAAAACCAAAACCGCAUCUACGCCAAAUAACUUAUUACCCAAAACUCGUCUUUUGCUGUCGGAAAAACAGACUCAAGCGGUGAAUAUGAUAUCAACUUCAUCUAUUUCCAACAAUAUUGUUGGAAACAGUGGCGGGAAUAGCAUUGGUACAUCAUUUAUGGGGGCAUCUGGCUGGACUCCGUUUUUAUCACGCACUUCUCAACCAGAAGGAAUUCUCUCACAUGUAUCUACACCUAGCUCGAAAAUGUUUGGCAAUCUUUACAAACAGAAUCACAAUCUCCUUCCGCUGGACUUCGACUGUGGCAGCUUAAACCUCACACCCUUCUUGGCACAUAAUGUCAAUUUGAAUAAUCAGCCAGGUGGUCCUAGUUCGGCCCAACAAAACGUCAAUUUCACUCCUCUAUGUGAUAAAUCACUCCACCUAGCCGACUUUUUCAUGGACUCUCCUAUUAGACAAACGCCACAUAAAGUCGGGGCAAUAACACCAAGUAAAUUUACCAUAGUCUCGGAUAACCGCAAUGGGAAGAACGACAAUCAACUCUUGUCGGAGCUCUCUCUGAAGAGAUCCAUUACUCUUCUAGAUACCCCAGCCAGACAACCUUUCAAGAAAAUGGAGCAAAGCAUUCAAGACGCCGAACAACAAGAUUCUGGAGAUUUCGAACAAGAGUCGAGCGCCAGAGCUGCCAUGCGUGAGAUUACAGCUAACGCCAUGAAUAAAACCCCUUUUCGAAUGGGAUCUAUUUCGAAAAGCAGCAAGAUUCAAACUCCAGCUCAUCCUGUUUCAUCUCCUUCCACUGUAAUUAUGUCAAGUGUUACAAAAUCACCAGGAAAAGGGAAGAUUCUGGCUCCUCCAAGCCCGACCCCCAAGAAGGAGAUCAAGAUUGACAAGGCAGAGCCUGUGAUGGGUAUUUUCUCAGAAAGGAAGUCAGUUCCUGCUCCAUUCUCGGAUUCUAAAUCGAGCCAAAAUGCUGGUAAAAAAUCACAACGGAAGCAAGCAAGCGGUAUGAAUAGGUUCCAAAUUGUAUUUACCGAUGUUCACACUCUAAUGAACAACAAGAAAAAGAAAGGUGGCAAUAGUGGGAGCUCACUGAAAGAAAAGUUCGAUCCGAAAUUGGAUAGGAAACAAAAGAAAAGAGGCAAGGAGGACCCAGCGCCAGCUUCUUCGACUAGGGGAGACUUUUCGCCAAAACCGCAUCAAAGUGGUGGCUUGUCUGCGAAUACUUAUUCUUCUUCCCAAGCUCACAACUUCAAUACUUCUAUGAACACUUCUCGUGAGUUCAGCAUGAUGACCAACUCCACGUUGAACACGACAGCAUCAAACCUAACAGCUUCGGACCACAGUUCUUUUGAGCUAAUGCAGGGCGGUCUCAUAUCGACACCAAAUGGCAAGUAUUUACACGAUUUGCUGUUUGAUAAGUUUUCUCCAGGGACGUGUCAAAAUUCAGGUAAUUUCAUACACACGAGCGAACAAGACCAAACCCUCCAACAAGGCCAGCAAAAGCCAUUCAUGCCACCACCGAAGACACUAACUUUACAACAAGCUGCCCAGAACGCCCUCCGCAAUAGGCAUCAGUUCAUGGAAUCUAGUGGCAGCGUUGAACUAUCUCAACAAUGUAUUGGACAACCGCAGAUGCAGCAACAACAUCUUCAACAACAACAGCUUCAGCAGCAACUGCAUCAGAUGUCUAUGAUUCAUCCAGAUCUUCAAAAUGCGCAUCCAGGGAUGCAAAGCACCCAAGUCAAACCACUUGGGGGCUCGUUUCAGAUGAGCACACCACAGCAACACAAUCGGAACGUUCCCAUGCAGCAAUAUGGCCCGGAAAACCAAUCUCUGCCCCCAAACAAAGAGCAGAUGACAUAUCUCUAUCAGCAGAUGGAGCAGUACCAGCAGGUGAAUGUCUCGAAUGGAGGAGCGUACAAUACAUCGCCAACGCAGAUCUCGCGGACAGUGAAGGGUAGAAGGGGCCGCAAGCAGAAGAAGUAG